AUGGCCUGCCUCAAUUGCACGACGCGAGUCCUGCGGAUAUUCCUGCACACGAGCCAGCUCCCGCUGCGGCCACCGCUGCGACCGCUGCCGCUGCCACUGCCACUGCUGCGGACAGCGGGGCCGGGGUCUGCGUAUGCGCGCCUCACGACACACCUGACGGCGAGGAAACAGGGCACGCUGGCGACGCUCGGCGGGGAGCUCACGGACGAUGAUUAUGUGCCCUUUGACUACCAUCUUGCGGGCACGGUGCCGGCCGCGAUCGGCGUCGAGGUGCAGUCUGGGUGGCCGCCGCCGGUGCCGGAGGCGGGGCGCAUGGAGAGGGAGCCGGAUAUAGAGCUCACGUCGCCGCAUGGAGAGGGGGCGGCGUGGUGGGACGGCAUGGAGGAGCAGCCUGUGGCGGAGGAGCAGCCUGUGGUGGAGGAGGGGAAGAAGAAGGUGGGGUUUUUGAAGAGGGAGGCGUACUGGACCUUGGAUGGAGGCGAGCAGACAUAUAGUCUGGCACCGAAGAAAAAUAAGGGGAAGAGAAAGAGAGAGAGGGAAGAGAGGGAAAGGCUGGCGGCGGCGGCGGCACCGGCUCCUUCAGAAGAGGUGAAGAAGGAGAUUGAUGCUGCUGUAUUGGCGCCUGCGGUGGAGGAAACGACCGCCAUAGCGGGGGAGGAAACAACCGCCAUAGCGGGGGAGGAAACAACCGGCACAGCAGAGAGCAUCAGCGCAAAGGAGGACCAAGAAGUCGAUGGAAAGACCAAUAAUGCAGAAGCGGCUUCUGCGGAGGGUUCAGAGACAACUUCUGCAAAAGCCGCCAGGAAGGCCGCGAGAAAGGCCUGGGAAGAAAAAAAGGCUGCCCGAGAGGCCAAGAUCGCUCUAAAGGAGGCCCAAAAGGCCGCCCGGAGCCUAGAGAAGAACCGGGAGAGAAGGAAACGAAGAGCGGCUGAAAGAGAGGCCGCCGGCAGCGCCACAGCAGAAACUGAAGGAGAAUCCUCGAAAGCUCAUAAAUACGAUCAAUUCUUCUCAGACACGCGAAAAGCCACCAGCACCGAACAUACCCCGCAGGCUCCGCGAGCACCCCGGGAAUACUCAAAAUCAUCAAAGGACCGGGAAUCUUCCCUCGAAAGGCCCAAAUUUCCCCCGAGACUUACUCUCCAACAGGAGAAGCGGUUUAAUGCAGUACCGGAUGUGCCUGAGAGCCUUGAGCUCCCUAAAACCGCCCAAUACGCGAACCACUGGGACCUUCAAAUCCCGGAAACGGACCGCGAGCCCACUCGUCUCCAGAAAUGGGUUGCUACCGCUCCCCGGAGCAAAAUCGAGCCCUGGCAGAUCUACAAGGCGCGGCUGCAGGAGAAGUUCAAGGGGCAGGCCUGGGCGCCCCCCAAGAAGCUCUCACCAGAUGCGCAGGAGGCCAUCCGAGUAUUGCGCAAGAAUCACCCUGAGAUUACGACCGAGAUGCUGGCCGAUAAGUUUGAGGUGAGCGGAGAGGCGAUCAGGAGGAUCCUGAGGAGUAGGUGGAGGGAGCAGGAGAAGACGCCUGAGAAGGCGCAGGAAUGGGCCGAGAAGUGGGCUAAGAGAGGCCAGAAAGUGUGGGAGAGUUGGGAGGAGGCUGGAAUUGUAACGACGAAGAAGAAGAAGAAUUUGAGGAGGAUGGAAAUAACAAAGGCUAUCGAGGAGAGGUUAAAGGUUGAGAAGGUGCCGACGGUGGAUACGAUGGGUUUGUCGGAUAGACUUUUAUAG